UUAUACUCUAUGAUCUAUUUGUUAUCCUAUAUAUUAUGGAGUAUGCUAGAAUCACUAAAUGCAAGAUGUUAUACAUCUGAUUGAUUAAGUUUGAGUAGUCUGAUUGUGUAAAUAUUUUUUAAAAUGAUUCCAACCUCCUUCCCCUAUAUAUAGACACAUAUAUCAUUUUGCCAAUUAAACUAUAUAAACUAAAACUAUUUUUAUUAAUUCUAUUCAUAAAAUGUGUGAGAAAAAAUCAUCACCAAUUGUGAAUAAUAAUGAAGAAAUAGAGAAACUGCCCAAAACUGAUCAUUUUUGGAAUAACUCUCAACUUUAUCAGUGGGAAGGGUUUUGGUCCACUCUUAUCAUUUUAAAGGCAGCCAUGGUCUUCAAGGCAACCUUCAAAUCAGAACCUAAUGAUGUUCUCUUGGCAUCUUCCAUGAAAACAGGUACAACAUGGCUCAAGGCCAUAUGUGUAUCCAUCAUGCAAGCUGGUAAUAAAGAGGAAGAAGAAGAAGACCUUUUAGUUAAGGAUAAUCCUCAUUUCUAUGUUCCAACAAUAGAGGCCAUGGAUUAUUAUUCAAAACCUCUAACUCAUGAUCUAUACACAAUGCCCUCUCCAAGAUUAUUUCACACUCAUUUACCUUAUAGAGUUUUGCCAGAUUCAAUCAAAAAUUCGAAUAAUUGCAAGAUUAUAUACAUAACAAGAAAUCCUAAAGAUACCUUAAUUUCUAUGUGGCAUUUCAUGAAUAGUCGUAACCGUUUAGAAGAUCUCUCUCCUUUAGAAGAAGUUGUGGAGCACUUUUGCAAAGGGGUUCAUCAGUAUGGGCCUUUUUUCGAACAUGUUCUUGAAUAUUGGGAAGAAAGUAAAAAAGAGCCUCAAAAAAUAUUAUUCUUGAAGUAUGAAGACUUGAAGAUAGACACUAAGAAAGAGGUGGCAAAAAUAGCCUUGUUUCUUGGAAAACCUUUUGGUAAUGAAGAGGAUUUGGAGAUAGUUUUGAACAAGUGUAGCUUGGAGAGGCUUAAGAACUUGGAGGUUAAUAAGAGUGGAUCAAUCUUAUCUAAUAUCCACAAUAGUGCAUAUUUCAGAAAAGGGAUUGUUGGGGAUUGGAAGAAUUACAUGAAACCUGAAAUGGAAGAGCAACUUGACAAGAUAACCAAGUUGAAGCUUCAAGGGAGUGGCCUUGAACUUUGAUACUUAUACCCAAGAAGUAUUGGAAACACUUGAUCUACUUGAAGUGAAGUGAAUUAUUAGUUUCAUUCUUGAAUUAUUGACGGUCUUAAAAAUGUCCAUCUAUUUUGUUAACUCAACUUAAAUACACCUUGAUCUGCCACAUAGCAUAGCAACUGGUCUCAAAUUCUUAUACGAGCGUGAGACUCUUAGUAAAUAUCCAAGAGAAGUGUUGAAAACACCCCUAAAUUCUUGAUGUUUUUCACCCACGUGGCAAGAUGAGAUGUGCAUUUGAGUUUUAGUUACUCAAUUAGAGGCAGGUGUUUUCAAAGCUGUCAAUAAUUCGGGAAUGAAAGUAAUAAUUCACGUAAUUUAAGUGUGGUUUUAAUACUUCUUUCUUCUUAUAAUUUCUACUUUAACAAGCUUUCUAUUACUUCAUCCGAAUGAAUAAUAAGUCAAGGUUGUUGAAAAUAAUAAACUUAAAUGUUUUUAACCAUCUUCAUAAGUCUUUAGUUAUUUUAAGAUAUGAGUUUAAAAAUAUCUCUUACUAGUUGACACCUAUAAAAAUUUACCCUUUGUAA